CUUCUCGCUGUAAACGUUAAAGUACCCGGAUGAGGAAGUGAUUUGCUGCUCAGCGCAUGUGCACGCCUUUGGACGUUGUGUGACAUUCCCGGGCACGCGCACCAUGGCGACGUCUGCACUCGGCCCCGUGAUGUCGCGUUUAAUGAAGUUCAACUGUAGUAGAAGCGGAUUUUAUCCGCUUGCUGUCAUUCAGCACACAGCUGCAUACUCUAUUGCACUGUCUACUAGUAAUAGAGCUGAGAACCAGGUCCGAGGCGGUCGGGCUCAGAGGAAACCGAGACGUGCGGCUGGAGAACCACGCACACAGCGGAUGGAAGUGGAUCAGGACUGGACUGCAGUCUUUCCCACUGCCAAGUCUUUUAAACCCGACGCGGUGCCGCUCCCAGUGCGUAUGGGCUACCCGGUAAAAAGAGGGGUUCCUCCAGAGAAAAAGGGCAAUCUUGAACUCCUAAAGGUUCCAAACUUCUUACACUUAACUCCAGCUGCCAUCAAGAAACAUUGUGAAGCCCUCAAACAGUUCUGCACCGAGUGGCCUGCUGCUCUGGACUCUGAGGCUAAGUGUAUGGACCAUUUCCCCAUCCAGAUUCAGACUAAGGACUACGUAUCUUCUGGACCAUCGCUCAGGAACCCAGACACUCGAAUUGUCACCCUCACCGUAAAGCUGUCCAGUUUGAAUCUCGAUGAUCACGCCAGGAAGAAAAUGAUCAAGCUCAGUGGAGAACGCUACAACAAAGAUACCGACAUACUCACCAUUACCACUGAAAGUUGUCCACUAAGGCAGCAGAACUAUGACUAUGCCAUGUACCUGCUCACUGUACUGUACCAUGAGUCCUGGAAAACGGAGGCGUGGGAGAAAGACAAGACACGCGCCGACAUGGAGGAGUACGUUUGGGAGGACAGCCCCUCUCAGAAGAACGUUUUAGAAACCUUAUUGCACAUGCAUUCGCUCAAGGAGAAACCAGAGGAUGAAGGAGCCGUACGGGAGGAGCUGCUGAGACGGACGGAGGUGCAGGAGUACAAAAACUCCGUGACCAAGCUCAAGAACGAGGGAGAGACCGAGAGCAACAUGCUGCAGUACAAAGAGGCUGUGAAGAAGCUGCUGAAUAUCUAAAUCUGUACAUUUUAGCGAGGAGUUGGCUUUCAGUUUUCCCUGUUUUAGUCAUAUAAUGCGAUUUAUGUUCAUAUGGUGGAUCUUAAUAUAAGCCAUCAUUUCGAAUCGCUUGAUGCGUAUGGACUUUGGUCUGCAAAGAACCUUCAUUCUUUGCUGUGUUUUUGUUUAUCGGUUUUGUAAAUACCAUCUCUAUUAACAGUAAAUAAAAUCAAUUCCUUCAAAUAUA